AUGUCUUCAUGCUAUCCAUCAGAUUUCCAGAGGCGAAUUUCCCAGAAGCGGACAGCUUAUUCCCUUUUCAUAGUCUGCUCUCAGUCUGGAAGCUCUGCUGAAACCUGUUUACUUCCGUGUGGCCCUGAGGUAGAGAAUUCUCUUGAUAGAGCCCAAGCCGCCAAGAACAGAGGCAAUAAAUAUUUUAAAGUGGGAAAAUACGAACAAGCUAUGCAGUGCUUUACUGAGGCUAUCAGUUUGUGCCCUAUAGAGAGCAGCGUUGACCUUGCCACAUUUUAUCAGAACAGAGCUGCUGCCUUUGAACAGCUGCAACAAUGGAAAGAGGUGGCAGAAGAUUGCACAAAAGCUGUUGGACUUAAUCCCAAAUAUGUGAAAGCUCUCUUCAGACGUGCAAAAGCCCAUGAGAAGCUAGACAAUAAGAAGGAAUGUUUAGAAGAUGUGACUGCAGUCUGUAUAUUAGAAGGGUUCCAAUACCAACAAAGCAUGCUGCUGGCUGACAAAGUUCUGAAACUUCUUGGUAAAGAGAAAGCCAAAGAGAAAUACAAGAAUCGUGAACCUUUGAUGCCAUCUCUACAGUUCAUCAAAUCAUACUUCAGUUCUUUCACGGAUGAUAGCAUUUCUCAGCCGAUGCUUAAAGGGGAGAAGUCGGAUGAAGAUACAGACAAAGAAGGGGAGGCUUUAGAAGUGAAAGAGAACUCUGGAUAUUUAAAGGCCAAACAGUAUAUGGAAGAAGAAAAUUAUGUUAAAAUCAUAAGUGAAUGCUCAAAAGAAAUAGAUACUCAAGGAAAAUACAUGGCAGAAGCAUUGUUACUCCGAGCCACCUUCUACCUGCUGAUUGGCAACGCCAAUGCCGCCAAGCCGGAUGUAGAUGAAGUCAUCAGUUUGAUGGAAGCGCAUGUAAAGCUCCGGGCAAACGCGCUCGUCAAGAGAGGCAGCAUGUACAUGCAGCAGCAGGAGCCUGCGCUCUCUGCUCAGGAUUUCAACAGGGCCGCCGACAUCGACAUCGACCCUCAGAGUGCUGAUGUUUACCGAGGGCAGCUGAAAAUACUUCUUGAUCAAGUUGAAGAAGCAGUUGCAGAUUUUGAUGAAUGCAUUAGAUUAAGACCUGAGUCUGCUCUGGCACAAGCUCAGAAAUGCUUUGCAUUGUAUCACCAAGCGUACACAGGAAAUAAUGCAUCACAAAUCCAAGCAGCUAUGAAAGGAUUUGAAGAAGUCAUAAAGAAAUUCCCAAGGUGUGCCAAAGGCUAUGCACUAUAUGCCCAGGCAUUAACAGAUCAACAACAGUUUGGUAAAGCUGAUGAAAUGUAUGAUAAGUGUAUUGACCUGGAACCAGACAAUGCCACAACAUACGUUCAUAAAGGUUUACUUCAACUUCAGUGGAAGCAGGAUCUGGAUAAAGGGUUGGAGCUUAUCAGCAAGUCUAUUGAAAUUGACAACAAAUGUGAUUUUGCCUAUGAGCCCAUGGGAACUAUCGAAGUAGAAAGAGGAAACAUGGAGAAAGCCAUCGACAUGUUCAACAAAGCUAUCAACCUGGCCAAGUCGGAAAUGGAGAUGGCUCAUUUAUAUUCACUUUGUGAUGCUGCCCAUGCUCACACGGAAGUUGCAAAGAAAUACGGAUUAAAGCCGCCAACGUUAUAA